GAUGCGAGCGGAGUUUUUACGAGAUCUUCACCAACUGGGCUACCCUGUUAAAUUAGUCCCCUGUAGUAAUCAUCUUUGCAAAGCCGCACUCCCCCGCCGCAGAAAAGAUUCUCAGUGAAAAACACAUCUUAAGGUGCUCAUAAAGUCGCAGGCUCGCAGCUUUAUUGGAAUCACAGAGUAAACCCUAAGCCAUGGCUGCCAACAAUCCUCCAUUAACUCCCCAAUCCUUGUCUGCCUUCUCUGAAGGCAUAUAUCUUGUUCUAUCUCGGUGGACUGCUCUUCAGAUGGCUAUUCAAAACGAAUGGGGAGGAAGAGAUUCUCGUCAGAAAUCAGACCAAUUCUCUUAUGAUAUCCUCUCCUGGUUUACCCAAACUAAAGAGCCGCUUUAUAUUGAUGAUUUGGAGGAGAAGAUAUUGUUCAAAACCAUGACAGAUGAAUUCAAUGUUGUGCUUGACGAUGGGAGCGAGAAAGAGAUAGCAGAAGAGCUUAUGAUUAUGCAUGAAGAGUGCCUGCAAGAAAAUUAUGAGUCGAUUCAAAGACUAAGGAUAUCCAGUAAUGGAGCGCAAGCUGUCUCUCAAAGUAGACAGUUGGUUGAUGAAAAUGUGGAUGAGAGUUCUGAUGACGAAGAAGCAUCAGACAUGGCAGUAGAUGAGCCGCAGGGGCCAAGCUCAAAUUCAAAAACAAAUAACACAUCGGUUGAUAAUCAGAACCAGACAGGACAAGCAGAUGAUGGAUGGUCUGUCGUCCCCCCUAGGCGAAACAAGGGCAACCGCCAAAAUUAGUUUGAAACUCAAUCAUGGUCUUUCCUGUUUCUGCAACUCUUCCAAUUUUGUUUGUAUAAAAAUACUACUAGAUUUAUAUAAAAAUAACAUGUCUAAGGUAUUUUGUGUACUAAGCUUUGUGGUUUUGAAGUUUAUGUCAAUUGAUGAGCUUUGUUUCUGAACACGACAUCAGGGUAUUUCUCGAUAUUGAAUGUUAAGUACGCUUUGUGAGUA